AUGUUUCCUAGAAAGAGAAAAGCUACAACAGAAAAGCAGUUGCUGGCAGUUGUACAGAUUAUGGGCAUUGAAAUGGAGGUAGUUGGCUAUAUAAUGGGACACGUGGCAGCAGAACAGCAGUGGAGUUUGAAGACCAGCAACAUAAAAGCUGGGAAUUCGAAGUUAGAAAGACUCAAUGAAAUCAAAAUUGCAACGAGAAAUUUCAGUCAAGAGAACUUGAUUGGAGAGGGAAGCUUUGGGACAGUUUACAAGGGAACAUUUAGCAAUGGAACGGUUGCAGCAAUUAAAGUCUUUAAGAUGGAACAACACAAAGCUUUCAAGAGCUUUCUUGCUGAGUGUGAAGCUCUACGAAAUAUUCGGCAUAGAAACCUUAUUAGAGUCAUUAGUGUGUGCUCGAAUAGUGAUUUCAAGGCAUUGGUGCUCCAUUUCAUGCCAAAUGGAAGCUUGGAACAGUGGCUUCAUGAGAGGAAUAAGAGGCUUUGUAUAAAGGAGAGGUUGGAGAUAGUCCAAGAUGUUGCAUCUGCUAUUGAGUAUUUGCAUCAUGACUGUGAAAGCCCUGUAAUGCAUUGUGAUUUGAAGCCAAGUAGUGUUUUUUUGAAUGAAAGCAUGUGUGCACAUGUUGCAGAUUUCAGACUGGCACAAAUACUUGUUAACGCUGCAAAUAAGGGUUCGGUGAGCAGCACUCUUGGCCUGAAAGGUUCCAUUGGCUACAUUCCUCCAGAAUAUGGAAUUGGUGAAGGGGUGUCUACUAAAGGGGAUGUUUACAGUUUUGGCAUACUAAUGCUUGAGAUUUUUACGAAGAAAAAGCCAACAGAUGAGAUGUUUACAGGGGAAAUGGAUCUGUAG